AUGACAGCUGCUAGCCGGAUGCCAAAAUUGAACCCCAGCGUCGCUCUUUCCAUUUAUGGGCUGGCAAAUGGGGCAGCGCGGUUGCCCAAGCUGGCUGAGCUGUCCGACUUGCAAAGGGAUCCCCCUGCUCAGUGCUCCGCUGGACCAGUUGGAGAUGAUUUGUUUCAUUGGCAGGCAACGAUAAUGGGUCCGAGUGACAGCCCCUAUCAGAAUGGAGUGUUUUUCCUUACUAUCCACUUCCCUACAGAUUAUCCAUUUAAACCACCCAAAGUUGCAUUUACAACUAAAAUUUACCAUCCUAAUAUUAACAGUAAUGGAAGUAUUUGUCUGGAUAUACUAAGAUCACAGUGGUCACCUGCACUAACCGUAUCGAAAGUAUUAUUAUCAAUCUGCUCCCUUCUUUGUGAUCCAAACCCUGAUGACCCUUUGGUACCAGAGAUUGCUCAUACAUACAAGGCUGACAGGGAAAAGUACAACAAACUGGCAAGAGAAUGGACCCAGAAGUAUGCAAUGUGA